GCUGUAUACUUAUUGAGUUAAUGGUCAUGAUACAUGAAGUCUGAAGUUACAGGAAGAGAGCAUCAGCUGAAGACUGGUGGCACUGAGCUACGGGGAAUUCUUCACUGUGUUUUUCAGAGACAGCUCAACCUUUUCCUCAAGGAGCUCUUGGAUAUCUGGAUACUUCUCUCAGUGUUGGACCUGAAAUUUUAAUCUUUCUUUUUUUUUUAUGCAACACAAAAUAAUAAUGAAGAGGACAUCCAGAUUUGAGGACCGAAAUCUGUAAUUGCUAUAGCCUUUACAUCCACAAUCCACACAUAGUGGCUCUUAAUAUUUCUCUAAUUUGCUUCUUAUUUCUAUAUUAAUCAUAACACAUCCAGAAAAUACACAAAGACUAGAGAUUAUAUUUACUGCACACAUACUGCUAGGAUGUGGUCUUGCAUAACAGACUUCUUCACCUAUGAGACCACCAAGUCGGUGGUGGUCAAGAGCUGGACUAUCGGCAUCAUCAACCGGGUUGUCCAACUUCUCAUCAUCACUUACUUCAUUGGGUGGGUGUUUCUCUAUGAGAAGGCCUACCAGGUGAGAGACACAGCCAUUGAAUCUUCAGUGAUGACCAAGGUCAAAGGUUUUGGAGUCUAUAACAAUAAGGUCAUGGACGUUGCAGACUAUGUCACUCCUACGCAGGGAGCUUCAGUCUUCUGCAUCAUCACCAAAAUGAUCACAACAGAAAACCAAGUCCAAGGAUACUGUCCUGAGAGUGAGAAGAAGUAUACUUGUACCCACGACAGUAACUGCACAAGGCACCUCAACAAGCCAGGAGGUUAUGGAAUUCUUACAGGGAAAUGUGUUCCUUUCAACGUCAGCAUCAAGAUGUGUGAAAUAAAGGGAUGGUGUCCUGCUGAGAUCGACACCAUCAAGACUACGCCAAUGAAGGAAGUGGAGAAUUUCACCAUUUUCAUUAAGAAUAGCAUUCGCUUCCCAACCUUCAACUACACCAAAGGGAAUUUCCUUUCAACCAUCACUGACGAUUACAUCAAGAAAUGUAACUUUGACAUGAUCAACAACACCUACUGCCCCAUCUUCAGAGUGGGAGAUGUGGUCCGCUACGCGCAGCAGAACUUCACUAAACUGGCAGACAAGGGAGGAGUGAUCGGAAUAAAGAUCGGCUGGAUAUGUGAUCUGGACAAGUCAGAUGACCAUUGUAACCCCUCAUACUCAUUCACCCGACUGGAUGCCAUGUCACAGAAGAACAGUGUCUCACCAGGCUACAAUUUCAGAUUCGCCAAAUACUAUAAGAUGGAGAACGGGACUGACUACCGCACUCUGGUCAAAGCCUAUGCAAUUAGGUUUGAUGUUCUGGUCAAUGGAAAUGCUGGGAAGUUCAACAUGAUCCCUACACUCAUCAACAUGGUGGCAGCCUUUACGUCAGUGGGAGUGGGCACAGUGCUGUGUGACAUCAUACUACUGAACUUCUUGAAAGGAGCAGAGCAAUACAAGGCCAAGAAAUUUGAAGAGGUGUCAGACAACCCACAAGAUUCCCACAGCAAUGGGCUGUACCGCUCACAGCUGUCACUCAGACAUAAUGAGACCAUCAUGAGGUCCAGUGACUCAGGGGCAUUUUCUAUUGAACAUUACACCUAAAUGGAGAACGGUCAGGGAACAGUGGACUAAGAAAGACAGAUGUGAGAUGGGUCUUGCUCAAAGUUUUUAUCAAUUUUAUGCAUUCAGGGCAGACUUUAUAUAAAACAGUAUCUCAACAUAACCUGAAUAUUUAUGUUAGGGGUGUAACAAUACACACAAUUCAUGCUUCGGUAUGUUUUUGGUACAGAAGGGGUAACCAAACAUUUUUUUUAGACAAUAACAUUUUAUUUAACACCGGCUAACUGGUUCUGUUCAAUUCUUACUAUAACAUAAUGCACCCAAAUACUGGCAUAUAAUCAAUAAGAAAAAUUAGUAACACAAAUGUCUAAGACUCUGACCUGUGGAUAACAGACCCUUUUUGCAGCAGGCAUUCUGACAUGAAACAGUAGGAUAAACAGAGUUGUUACUAAUGAUUAAUUAAGGUUCUGUUCCAUUCAGGUCAAACCAGAGUCAGGGUGCUGCUAUCCGUGCGUGUUGGCUCACUGGAAAGGCUCUCCUAUACUAAAUUCAACGGAACCUUAAUUAGUAUAAUUUGUAUAAUUUGUGACAAAAGGAGUAUGGUUGCAUAUCCACAGCAAUAAACACGUUAUAGUUAUUACUUUGGCACGGUGUGCAUCUGCAGCGAGAGGCUGUCUGUUUUUGUCUCCUUCUGCUAAGCUGACUAGCAUGCUACAGCUAAUCAACAACAACUGGUCAAAACUUUACGGGUAAAAGUUGAGCUCUAGAAUUUCUGUGCGUGUGCUAGAUCUGAAUAGUCUAAUUUGACAGUAACUUUUUGGAUCACAGGAGGUUCUUGACUGAGGCAGUUGCUUACCGAGCCAAACCUCCUGAACCGAAUGGCUUGGGACAAAUAUGUGUACUGUUACACCCUUAGUUUAUGCCUAUGUCAAAAAAACAUUGGAAGAACCCUGAAUUGUUAUCCUUAAAUAUUUCAAAACGUCUGCAGACGGUGACAAAUAUAUAUAAAAUGUAAAAAUUAAAAUACAAAAGCAGAGUGUCUUUGCAUGGUGACACUUUUGGCAUGCGACACUGGCUCAGGAUUUGUUUAAAAAAGAAAUUUAACCUGAAAAAUAUUCUCUGUUUGAGCUCUCUAGUUGCCUGUUUUUCACCUUGCAUUGAAACUUCUGUAAUGCACUACCAUUAAAUCAUAAAGGCCUUUGUGAUGAGAAACCAGGAAUAAACAAGACAGCUGUCAUGAAUUGGUUCACGUGCAUGGAGGUCUUUAAUGGCGUGUGUGUGUGUGUGUGUGGUUAUAUAUCAGUGCAUGGCAAAAACCACUUGGAAUAACAGGAAAAGCUUUUCAAAUGAGUUGCUUUUGAGCUGAGACUCCUUUAUUUUCAACAGGGCAUUUAGGAAUGGAUUUAAGCAUUACAUUCAUUCUGCACAUCCAAACAGGCAUUUUCACUUAAUCUGCUAUAGACCUCUGCUCAGGUUGAUGUUGGGGGGGCUCUCUGUUCAUUCACAUACACCUUGGAUGGUCCCCUUUCCUGAGUUGGAAGCCAUUCUACCGACUUCAGUCUGUUCUUUAAGCUUUAAGUCGUAGUGUGGAAACAACAUGCUAUACAGAAGAUGUGGUGCCAAUUUUUCUCAGUGGUCAUUUUUGGACGUGCUAGUGGCAUGGCUCUGGAUGGCAUUGUUCGGUCUGUAAGUCAGUCGGUCCACCACUUUGGACAUUCAUGUUCCCCAUAGGAUGAAUCCUACUGACUUUGGUGAUACUCUGUUCUCACCUCACCUCACUGCAAUAAAAUCUGGCAGACAUUGAUGACCCGACCCUUACGGUGCUUUAUUAGCCUGUUCUUAUUAAACAGUCAGCACAUAUGGCAGCUUGGUGAGUGAGUGUCCCUACAUUUCAAACUGCACAUACAUUUCUAUUCUGGAUGUGCCUAUCUGACAUUGCUUUCAAUUCAAUUAAAUUUAAUUUGUAUAGCGCCAAAUCAUAACUAAAAGAGCUUAAAGAGAAAAAGACUGAGACAAAGAUUAGAUAUGUCAUUGAAGUCGUAGUAUGAUCGCGUAGUAUAAUGAGCCAACCAAAAUAUUUAGCGAGUUGGGAGAUCGUGUUGGCUAUAUUACAGAGUGCCGAGAAAGAAGGAAGAGAAGCAUAUCAAAAUAUUCAAAUGCUUGCAUGAUUGUCAAUUUACCUUAUUGAGCUUGUUGUCCUGUUUUAUUGUUUAAUGUCUAUUUCUGUGUAUGUACACUGAGAGCAACAUAACACCGGAGUCAAAUUCCUCAUAUGUGUACACAGACCUGGCAAAUAAAAAUGAUUCUCGUUCUGA